ACAGAAUGAGAGGAAAUCUGGACAAAAUAGCAUUGAGCGCGUGUGAAUGGUUGAUCUGAAAAUGUGUUAAGCUCAUCAGUCCAUAUUCAAUUUGUAAAGCAACACACCCCGUAAUAAAGCUGUUUAACAGCAGCGAUAAUGCGGCGUCUGGGUUCAGUGCAGCAGAAGAUCCCAUGUGUUUUCCUGACGGAAGUGACAAGCGAACCAUCCAGAAAACGCGACUGUCAGGUGUUGAUUUCCAUAUCCAAAAUGAGGGUUUUUAUUAAUAUUACUUUUUUUUUUUUGGAAGGGGAACCGUAUCUCUGGGCUCGCUUGGAUCGGAAACCCACCAAGCAGGCGGACAAGAGAUUCAAAAAGUAUCAGUAUUCGCAGAAGACCUGUAAAGGAUUUGUGUGGAUCGUAGACGAAGAUUUCCGUGAAGCGCCAGAAUCCUGGAUCGCUGCUCACAGAGUCCAGCAUGAGAACGGCCAUCCAGUGCCGGACGAACAUGGACACAUACCGGGUUGGGUUCCGGUUGAUCAUACCAACAAGCAGUACUGCUGGCACGCCUCUGUGGUCAACUAUGAUGCUGGUGUCGCCCUUGUCCUGAAGACACAUGGAGAGGAUGAGGGAUUGCUUGAAAUUGUCAGCGUUCCUCUGGCAGACCUCAUGGAGCAAACCCUUGAGCUUAUUGGAACCAACGUUAAUGGAAAUCCAUAUGGGUUGGGAAGUAAGAAGCAUCCAGUCCAUGUCCUGGUGCCCCAUGGGGUCCUGCGCAUCCGGAAGCCUCCUCCAGUGGAAUUCCAGCAGCUGUAUUCCUGGUUUCAGGAAUGCCAGGAGGGGCGAGUGGAGGGAAUCGUGUGGCACUGUGAUGAUGGGACACUGGUCAAGAUACACCGCCAUCAUCUCAGCUUGAAAUGGCCUGUCGGUGACACCUUCCUGAACACCAGACCU